GCUGAUGUUCAGACCCAAUGUGCUAACUUGAACGUAGUUCAUGGUGAAAAUAGCGUUGUUGAAACAAUUUUUAAACAAUGGAUGGGUUCUGUUGAGUUGACAACUUUGCCGGCCGAAGUUCAGUUGCCGUCAGGUAAUUCCCAAUUUGCCGACGUGGAUUGGUUCAAACAGGCCUUGAAUUCUAAUGAACGCCUUGAGAACUUUCAUAUGGAUGCCUUUUUUAGCACGAUGGCAAUUAAUUAUGACAUCCAACUUGACAAUGUUGGUGUACGUGAAUGGACAAUAAUUGAUCGAGUCGGUUUGAAUGCUCUGAGAGAAACAGAUCUUGGUAUUUGUAGCAGUGUGCUAGUACCAUAUUCAAGAGGUUAUUACCCACGUUGUUCUGGAUUACGUUGGGUUGAUUGCAACCGUGUCUUCGGUUUUGCUUGGAUUGAAGGGUGUCAUUGGAUUUUAUACGAGUUAUCAUUGAAGGAUGAAGUUAUUCGGGUGUACUUUGCCGAGGAAGUUUCUUGGAUGGAGGUCAAGUGUUUCUUUGAUAAUGUGCGUUCCAAUUUAAAAAAAUUUAUACAGUGGGAUAAUAACUCAGACAUUCGGGAUCCGUCAACGGAGCGUGAGUGGGAGGUUGUUCGUAGCACAUGUUUUGUUGGUGGUCCAGAUGGUAUUCAAAGUGGUGUUAUGGCUCUCAAAUUUCUUGAGUGUCUAAUUUAUAACUUGCCGCUAGCGAUUGUUGAUCCCGCAUGUUGCGCCAGUUAUAGAUACUCCUUCUGUGCUCAGUUGUUCGCAAAUUGUAUUCGGAAAGUUUAGUAGAAAAUAUUGUUGUAUCCAGGAUCAGAUUCCAUGACUUUAACGACUCGUAUUCUGGUGUUUGUUGAUGUUGUGUUGUAAUUAUACUAAGCGAAGAUGUCGGUGGCAUUUUGUGGUAAGACUAAAUCAGUGUCCUAUAAUAGUUAUUUGUAAUGUGAGUGUUUGUGGCCAAGCUCGGAGUUUUCUAAAAA